AUGGAUUCAAAUGAAACUAGGUGGAUGAUAAAUCCUAUUGAUUUAUUCAAAAAUGAAAAGAGGACUACAUUUAGUAAAUAUGAGGAUAUAAAUCUUAAUGAAUUUGACAUUUUUUUAUCUAGCAAUAGUGCUGAUGGCGCUCAUGAUGAUGGCAAGGAAAAUAAAAAAGUGUAUGGGGAUUAUAAUUUUCCUAUUGAUAAUCAAGAUAUUCCAAUGACACCUAUUGAUAUAGAAACAGAUAAUAAUUUAUAUACAUAUAAUAAUAAUAGCAGUAAUGAUAAUGAUAAUAAUAAAGAAAAUGAAAGUAACAAUAUUCUUAUAAAUAAUAAAAAUAAUUUAGGUCAAGAGAAUGUGGCUCCAGCAGAACUUAUGAACUCUUUAAUCUGGGACGAGCUUCUCUUAGAUUAUGUUAACUCUAAUCCAUUACCUUGUGUUCCAAUACAAGAUACUACUAAUGAUUCAAAUAAUAGUAAUCAGGCCACGGGGAUACUAGAUAAUUUAAAUAAAAUGGAUCAGCAAUUGUUGGAACAACAAGAACAAUUAAAUAUUGAGAUCCAAAAACAGAAAAAGAUGAAUAAGUUGUUAGAAGAAAAAUUGAAACAAACACAGCUACAACAACAAGAGUUAAGAAAAAUUUUAAAGGAGCAGCAAGCUUUAAGCUCAGUGAGGUUUGUAUUAGGUGAUAUUACACAAUCCUCAAGGUUAAAUAACACACCUAAGAAAAAAAUAAAAGAAUUUAAUGUCAGCAAAAGUACGAAUAAUUCGCCUAUCAAGAAAAUUCAAAACACAAAACUAUCCUUUGUAAAUUCAUUGCAUUCUACGAGCAAGAACAAUAAUAAAAGCAAUAAUGGUAAUGGUAAUGGUAUUAAUAACAGUUCCCCAAAGAGACGCCAAUACAGAUUUAAAAAUAAUGUAUCAGAUAACGAUUCGACAAAACAAAAAUUUCAAAGGAUUAAAGAUAAGAAUUUGAAAAUUAAUUUUACUACAACUUUGACUCCAAAAGAUCAAGAUAAUUUUCUAACGGAUAGUGCUCUAUCUUCACCCAUUCGUGCAAGUCCAAACAGAUUGUAUGUUGGGUCACCUACUCGUGAAUACUUGGAUAAGGGUUCACCUGUUUUAGGGAAUGAUCUACGACAGAAUUUAGAUAUAAAUACAAAUCUAAUUUCAUUGCAGCCACUGGCUGAUGAUGUAUUGAAUAGAUCGCCUACUAAUAAUAACUUUAAAGAAGCUACUCUUUUAGAUGAUCUUCCAACCACAUUUCAAGAUACCCCAAUAAGAACUAAAGACUAUAUUAGUCCUAUUAGUAUUUUAAUGCCACCAUCUGAAGAUCAUCAUGACACGAGGAGUCCCUCUAAAUCAACAAUUAUUAAAAACCCAAUCCCUUUUGUGUAUUCAUCACAAAAAGAAUUGAAAAAAAUUCCUGCUAUUUCUAAAUCAAGCAAAUUAAAUGAAAGUUUUAUACAUGUCAAUAAAACACCAUCAUCAACCCUAGAAUUAAGAGAUUCGUCAAAGAAGUUACUUUCAGAUCUAAACAGACAAUUGGAGCAAUCUGAGCAUCAGGUAAAGCCGGUCAGUCCGUCUAAAGGAUCAAGAAAAUUUACAAAGUUGUCUAGAGAUGAAUUGGAUAGAUACGUUAAAGAAUUACCGGAUAGGUUAUUUGAAUGUUUAUAUCCAAAUUGUGGUAAAUUUUUUAAGAGAAGAUAUAAUAUUAGAACGCAUAUUCAAACACAUUUAGAAGACCGUCCAUAUAGUUGUGAUUUUCCUGGUUGUAAUAAAGCUUUCGUUAGAAAUCAUGAUUUAAUCAGACAUAAAAAGACCCAUUUAAAGAAGAAAUUUGUAUGCCCAUGUGGUAAAAUUUAUUAUAGGGAAGAACAGCUAUUUUCACAUCAAAAUAAAAUGAUUUGUAUAGGGGGUAAGCAAUAUUAUAAUGUUCUUACAGAACAACCAUCAAGAAGUUCUAACCUUUUGUGCAAAGAUGUUACCACAAGAUCAGAUUCACUGGCAUCAAGCAAUCUACCGUCUUCUAGUGAAUCAUUUAACAGAGAAGAUUCAAAUAAAGAGAAUUCGUAUGGUACAAGUUUAGUAUUCAAAAUGAAACGUCAUUCAAUCGAUUCCCCCGUAAAUAAAGAUAUUAAUAGUAUAUAG